UGGCUGGCGCUCAGGGCCCGCGCCGCGGGUGAUGGGAUGUCCCUGUCCUGUGAGCGGUCCCCAGGACGGGACGCGGGGCUGCUGCCGGUCCGAUAACCCCGGGCCUCUCUGCUGCAGGCUGCUGGCGGCCCGAAGGCUCCGGGGAAGGAGCCGGGCCCCACGUUCCCGAUCAGCGCUGAGCAGCGGCAGCAGCUGCGGGAGGCCUUUGACGUGUUCGACCCCGACGGCUCCGGGCUGAUGGAUGUCAAGGACCUGAAGAUAACCAUGAGAGCUCUGGGCUGUGAAGUGAGGAAAGCAGAGAUGAAGAAAAUUAUCUCUGAAGUUGAUGAGAAUGGGUCAGGAAAGAUAAACUUUGAGUCGUUUCUGCAGGUGAUGACCCAGAAAAUGGUGUGUGAGCCCAGCUGGUCACAAAGACUGAAAUUCCUCUUGCCUAACUUUACAAUGCAGGCAGAGCCAUUUUCAAAAGAGGAGAUCCUGAAAAGUUUCAAGCUGUUUGAUUUUGAUGGCACUGGCAAGAUCUCUUUUGAGAAACUCAAGCUGGUGGCUAGUGAGGUUGGAGAAGACAUCACAGAUGAGGAGUUGCAGGAGAUGAUUGAUGAAGCAGAUGUGGAUGGAGAUGGGGAAGUGGAUCCAGAAGAGUUUUUGCGGAUUCUGACAUUGACUGACCUGUAACUACAUGAUUUUCUUUUUUUCUCCCAUUCCAUCAUAAAUAACUGUUUGCAGUAUCGCUUCCUUCCAACUUUUAGGUUUUUUUUUUUUUCUAAUUUGUUGCCUUUCUUGGGUGUGAAAAUACACUGAGAUGUUUCAUCUUUGGUGUUUAUUCUGCUCCAUCACUGCAAGCAGUUUUCUACAUCCUAGUAAACAGUUUUGUUGCUA